GCGGAGCUGCGCGCGCGGAGGGGCUCGGGCGGGCGCCGCGGGACCUCGCCGGGCCAUGGCACCUUCUGUCAAAGGGAAAAGGAAACAGUCAGAGGGGGGUGACCCCCUAGACCCACCUGUGUCCCCUCAACCCGAUGGUGAGCAGAGCAAGAGCCAGAGUCCCAUCCAGCUGGAGGACUCCCCCGAGGCAGGCGGGGAGCGGGAGGAGGAGCAGGAGCGGGAGGAGGAGCAGGCCUUCCUGGUCAGCCUCUACAAGUUCAUGAAGGAGCGACACACGCCCAUCGAGAGGGUGCCCCAUCUCGGCUUCAAGCAGAUUAACCUGUGGAAAAUCUACAAGGCAGUGGAGAAGCUGGGGGCCUAUGAGAUGGUGACUGGCCGCCGCCUCUGGAAGAACGUGUACGACGAGCUGGGGGGCAGCCCAGGCAGCACCAGUGCAGCCACCUGCACGCGCCGCCACUACGAGAGGCUGGUCCUCCCGUACGUGCGGCACCUGAAGGGGGAGGACGACAAGCCUCUGCCCCCGUCCAAGCCCAGGAAGCAAUACAAGAUGGCCAAGGAGACUCGGGGGGAUGACGGGGCCGCUGAGAGGCCAAAGAAGGCCAAGGAGGAGAAGCGGGAGGAUCAGAUGAUGCCAGGCAAGACCAAAACAGAUGCCGUGGACUUGGUGCGGCUUCCCAGCCAGGAACCCCUCAGGGACAGCACAGAACAGCCGGGCUCGGCCUCUGGGCCUUCUCUGCCCUUCGUGGGUACCAGCGGCUGCCCUGAGGCCUACAAGCGUCUCCUGUCCAGUUUCUACUGCAAAGGGACACAUGGCAUCAUGUCACCACUGGCCAAAAAGAAGCUCCUGGCCCAGGUGAGCAAGGCAGAGGCCUUGCAGUGUCAGGAGGAGGGCUGUCGGCAUGGGGCAGGUGGCCCUAACGGGGAGCCCCAGACGUCCCCAGCUCUUUGCCCCCCAGAGAGUCCCCAGAGCCCAGGAGGGCAGGCUGAGAACUCCAGGCACCGACUGACGCCUCAGGAGGAAAUGCAAGCCCCUGGGGGCAGCCUCAGGGAGGAGACUCCGGUGGGUCCCCGCCCGGCAGCCCCCCUCUUCACUGGCUGUUUCCACGCCUACCCCACUGAGGUACUGAAGCCCAUCAGCCAGCACCCCCGGGACUUCUUCCCCAGUCUUAAAGAUGGGCUGCUAUUGGGGCCCUCUGGCAAAGAAGAGGGGCUGCUGGUCAAAGAACCCCAGCUGGUGUGGGGCGGGGAUGCCAACCGCCCCUCUGCAUUCCACAAAGGCGGCUCCAGAAAGGGCAGCCUCUACCCCAAGCCUAAAGCCUGCUGGGUGUCCCCCAUGGCCAAGGUCCCUGCCGAGACCCCUGUGGCCCUACCCACCUUCCCUAGCAGCCCAGGCCUCAGCAACAAGCGCAGCCUCGAGGAAGAGGGCUUUGCCUAUGGUGGCAAAAAACUGCGGGCAGUGUCUCCCUUUCUUAAGGAGGCCGAAGCCAAGGAGUGUGGGGCCAAGUCUGUGGGGCCUGGCUUGGCCGUCUCCUGCCUGCUGGGCCCAGCCCUGGGGCCUGCCCUCCCAGAGGCCUACAGGGGCACCAUGCUGCGCUGCCCACUGAACUUUGCCAGCACCUCCGACCCCUUAAAGGGCCAAGCUACCCUCCCCUUCAGCCCCCUGGUCAUCCCGGCCUUCCCAGCCCACUUCCUGGCCACUACAGCCCCCUCACCCAUGGCCGCUGGUCUGAUGCACUUCCCCCCAGCAUCUUUCGACAGUGCCCUCCGCCACAGACUUUGCCCGGCCUCGUCUGCGUGGCAUGUGCCACCUGCCGCAAGCUAUGCAGCACCCCACCUCUUCCACCUCAACACAAAGCUGUAGGUCAGAGCCCGCAGCGCUGUGCUGUGCUGUGGAGGAUCUGACGUGGCCCAAGAUGGGUAGGCACUGCCAGGGGGCUCUGGGCUGGAGCUCUUCCCCCAGGAGAGCUUGGCUGUGUCUGAUGGAGACACAUGCCCCUGGCUGGGCAGCCCGGUGCAAAGAGGGAGGCAGUGGGAAGACUGGGUUUGUCUUUCAAGGUAGCAGCCCGAGCCUGGGCACUGGAGGCCCAGUUGUGGCAGGGCCUUGGGAGAAGACGGUGCAGGGCUGGCAGCUCCCAGCAGAAGUCCUCAGAGCAGAGGCUGGGAAUGGGCUGAGGGGCCAAGGAGCUGGAUAGCUUGAGGCAUCCAGGCUGCCCACAGAAAACCCAAUAAAACAGCAAUGUGAAUCCACCCA